AUGGACAUAGACUUAGAACCAAUCCCCGAAGAAGAAUCAGAGGAAGAGGAACCAGAGGAAGUGGAGCCCGAGAUAGAAUCUGAGAACGAGCCUGACAAGUCUGAGCAGCCUGAGGAGGAACCGGAGUAUAUACUCCCAUAUGAGCGAUAUAUGGAUCCCAAUUUCGUGCCUGAGUACAAUUUCUUCGAUGUACUAGCUGAGGAGUAUCAUAAUGAAGUUCCAGCUGAGUCGGGCGACAUCAAUCACCCUAUCGUGAUAGAGGCAGAGUCGGAGUCCUCGGAAGAACAGGCUGAUCAGGGAGGCUCAGAUUCGGAUGAUGAGGAGUCUGAUUCAGAGUGGACGCCGAGUAAGGGGCGUAGGGGCUAG